UGUCUCCAAAAGUUUGGACAGAGAAAUUUUAAUUUUUAAUUUUUAUCAAUAAUACACGCGAUGUGAUUGGCCAACAGCCUAUCACGCUUGUGCUCUUACGAUGGAUUGUGCCCCGUUCAGACUCGCCCAGACGAUCAACCGUCCUCUCGAGCGUGCGCAAAAGGCUGCACAACUGCUGCACAAUGAGACGCGGCAGUGGCGUUGGCGUACUCCACAGACCCCUAACGAGGAGUCGCAUUCGUCCCCAUCUUCCCUGGAACGAGCCUCCAGCAUUUUCGUGGAUGGAUCUAGUGGCUCGCGUGAGAGCACUGACAAGGAGGAUUCGUCUGGUUUAUCGCAACCCUAUCCGUUGGGUGGCAGCGGAUCACUGGAUCACGAGCGAAUUAGCUAAAGACGGGAAUACACCGUCGGCACCACCGGCAGGCUUGGUAACGGGUCCACCAACGCAGUCUGCUUCACAAAAGCCCUCUCCACUUACGAAGCAGAUCUUGCCCAACUGGUCGCCAGUUUUGACGCUCCAGCUGUUCUGGACCCCAUUCAAGAGGUGCCCCUCGGUACUGGCGCAAAUGUCGCCAACUUGCAAGCAGUGCUUCCCAGUUCUGCCGAGGACCAGGCGUCCGACACAGCCGACGUGUCCCCAGACCAUGGAACCUCCUUCGCCCACCACCAGCGGAUGUUCCAUAUCCCAUUUCCGACCAUCCGGAGACUGACGCGCCGAUUCACAAUAGGAAGAAUAGUAAACGUGCCUUGCCUCCUCGCACAUUCACGGAGCCCGAAGCGUUACGCCAGUUGUCGUCGCUACAGCUUCAAUGCAUGGACAAGGAAGUCCCGGCGGACGCCAAUUUCGAAUCCAUCUGGUUGUGGCACGACAGGUAUUGCCACCUCUUUUCGGACCGCCUCCGGGCUUUGGCCCAGGAUAAAUGCGGAUCCGGCGGCAGUGAUUAAGCCAAUCAUUGAAACGUGCCCUGAGUGUAUUCGCACGGGGAAACCUACGGGUCCAACCAGGGGUCUGCUUCAGCAACUGGCUCGUCCCCAGGCAAUUGCUGAUGAGGUCAGCCUCGACUUUCCGACUAUCAGCGAGGAUUCGGGUGGUCCAGCCCUGUCCUUAUAGACCAUAGGGGCUGUCCUGUAACUUUAUUAUUAGGACUGUCAAUGUCAGUCCUAGGUGAUGACUCAUCACUUUGCGGUUAGGGUAUUCCGAUUUUUUUAGGGGUUUCCCGAGUCCCGGACCAAGGCCAGGCCUCGAGAAUACACAUGGACUAGCAGGAAUAGAUAGGACCAACUUGGUCGUUAAAAGGACAGGACCCAUUCUGAGCGUCCUUUGGUACACUAGAGUAGUCAAGGUAGCAGACAUCUACCUUAGUUCCUUAUAGUAAACUUUGUCUACUACAGAACCCGUUUUAUAUAAGAAAAACAAGACUCGGCGUAAGCCUCCAACUCUUUGAAGCCGAAGACUGGGGGGGUUGUAAUACAGCGGCAUUAGUGUACCUGGAUGUGACGUCAUGAGGACUAAUUGUCCAGAUGUUUAAUUUAGAAGGCUAUGUCCAGACCCUAGAUUAAGGACUAGGACCUGGAUUUCUGUGGGACAUCUUGGAUAGCGGACAGACACUCGGACUGGGGACGAAGACCCUGCCUUGACAGGACACAUGGGCCCUGCUGAACCAGUCUCUAGAGUGGAAGGAAACUAUCAUGUCUACAU